CGAAUGGGUAUUUCAAAUUCGGAAAUUGUUCAUAGUGACCGCAAUUUUUUCAAUCAAUUCAAUCUCAUAGUGUCUGAUAUGUGUAAAGAUCUGUGAGUUUCGAAAAAAGAUAUACGCGGAAAAGCGAUUGUUAUUAUAUACAUUUGACGUCAAGCAUCGCGAAUUUCAGAAAUUAUUAUUCGGCUUUGGAUGGAAAAUAAGCAGCUUUUAUUACCAUAAUUCUUAGAGUGUCCUAUUGUGGUUACCACUGAAUAAAUAAGAUACAUAAAAACAUAUACCCUGUCCCAGAGAUUGUACUCGCACGAAGCAUUUUAAAUCUCAAGAAUCUCUCAAUAUAAAUACAACUUGCAUCUCUGUACCCUCAUAUCAGUCUCUUCCGACACUCCGAGUAGUAAAAGACGACUCAGAGUUUCCUACUUGACCGGAAAAUAGAUAUUUCUCAAAGUUUAAAAUGUUCCAAAAAACCGCGAUCAUCUUAUUGGUAGUAUCAUCCGCUCUAGGGUGUCUAAUAAUCAACUGUCCCCGUGGUGGAAAGAGGAACGGAGCUCUAUUACCAUUGAAAAAUCCCAUUAGAGAGUGCCCAGCCUGCGGACCGGAAAUGCAAGGACAAUGUUUUGGACCAAAGAUCUGUUGCGGUCCUUCGAUAGGGUGCUUUUUCGGGACUGCCGAAACCCACAACUGCAGAAAAGAAAGCCUUUAUUCCAGGCCUUGCAUAGCUGGCUUUGCGAUGUGCAGAGGUAACACCGGAAGAUGCGCCGCUGGGGGUAUUUGCUGCUCUCAAGAAUCCUGCCACGCAGACUCAAAUUGCAAAGUCACUGAUGACUUCAACACGAACAAUCAAGGGAUAAGUUUCGACCUUAAUACACUUUUUUCGGAGAACACUUCUCUGAAUGAUCAAUAAACCGAUAAAAUUAUUUGGCUAGUGAAUAAAAGAAGUGAUCAGCCGCAUUAUUUCGCUUUGUUCGAACUCUAGAAAUAACAAAAACGAAUGUGAAACUGAAUGUACGUAACCGAAGAAUAAAAGUCACUGCUUACCACUAUU